GUGAAAUUCAGCACGUAGACCGCGGACGUAGCUGCCGCAGCACGCUGCAAGACUCGCAGCCGAUUCAGCUGCAUGGAGGUAAGCUGACUGUUGCACAUCGUACAUGCUGCGAGGAAGGGAUGCAGAGAUGCACCAAACGUCGAUGAUACAUUCAACGGCCGAUGCAUAAUGUUCGAUAAUGGCAGCCGUUGACACGCGUGUGUUGGCACUCUUUGAUACUUGGAAGCGUGGAGGUGCGGCACACCCACGAUGGUCACAACCCUCGCUUGUAUGUUGGUUGCCCUACAGACCCUCUUCCUUGCCGCAGGCGCGUCGCCAGCGCAUCGACAUGUUGUCCAUGUCAGAGUGAAUGACCGGACAAUGGCGUGCAGUUUGGAGGGAUGCCUUUUAGUUUGCAACAUCGACCAGAUCAUGCUCAACGUGUGCGCUGCAUUCCAUAUCGACGCGCAGUCUUGUGUCUUUGAAGGCUGCGACCUCGUGUGCAACGAUGGUGCGACAAGGCACGACCUGUGCAAGAAAACCCAUCUUAAAGGUGCCAGACAGCUCUCGGUGUCCACUAGGCAGCUUGGCGCAUCCAUCUUUGUAGACGAUGCGCCGCCACUUUGGCCAAAGGGUCAAAUCUGCUACAAAAUUGACGGAGCUGUCAACGUGUCCGCUGUAAAGUCAGCGUUGGCGCAUUGGGAAGCCAGCACGCCGCUUCGUUUUUUUUCAUGCCAAGACGAUCGGCACGAUUCGUGCUGUGCGCCGUGCGGAGACUACUUGCACUUUCAAAAUGGCUCUGGGUGCUUCUCGUCCGUGGGGUACAUUCCAGGACUGUGUGGGUCGGGCGGUCAACCGCUUGUUUUGGCGUCGUCGUGCGGGGUAGGCAACAUCAUUCACGAAAUUGGCCAUGCCGUCGGUCUCGUCCAUGAACACCAGCGCGCCGACCGCGACUCGUUUGUGAAGAUUUACCCCGGCAACAUCGAUCCCUUGUACUUGCCAGACUUUGACAAGGGAAAACUCGGCGGCUUGACGGUGUUUGGGGCCAUCGACGACGGCACUGGCAACGACGUUGCGUAUGCAUACGAUUAUGACUCGGUCAUGCACUACGGCCUCCACGAUUUUUCCAUCAACAACCUCCAGACUCUCCUGCCCAUCACCCCCACCGGGCGAAUCCGUGAGGACUGUUUUUAUCGCGUUGGACAGCGCAAGGGACUCAGCGUCGGCGAUAUUCAGAUGGUUCAGGGGCUUUAUCAAGGCGAAAUAGACACUGCUUGAUGAUGCAUUCACACGUGGGUGGCGACACCGACCGCUUUAUUCCCAUGCGUGUC